AUGUCCGACGCUCCUCCACAGCAAAAAGAAGAAGGAGCCGAUCCAUCGCAAUUAAGUGUAUUCGUUCAUCACGCUAAUUCUUAUAUUGGCCGUCAUGUCGUUUCUGCACUUUUAAACGCAAAAUAUUCAGUUUAUGGUGAUCGCAAGCCAAUUAGGAAAUUUGCAGCACCAAAUGUUUCACCAAUUCCAAAGUAUGAAAUUGUCAAUAGCAUUGAUGAUGCAUUUGCUUUAUGUAACACUUUCAUUUUCGAUAUUCGCGAAGACCCUUCACUUGCCGUUCAAUCUUUCUCAAGAUUUGAAGCCGCAACAACAAACAUCAAGAUCGUACUCAUUUCAACUCUCAUGACCUGGGCGUUGACAAAUUCGACAACAACUUUAACAGGCGAUGAUUUCCGUAAGAGAAAACCACAUCCAAACUUCCGUGCUCAAUACGAAGCUGAAUUACGUGCUACAAAACUCAGCCGUGAAAACCCACUUGUAGAAGUUUAUGUUCUUGCUUGCGGAGUUCCUUAUGGUGACGGCGAAGAUCUCCUCUUCCCAUUCUUCAAGUUCGCUUGGAACAACAAGAACGUUGAACAAGGCGGAUUUGCCGAAGUUCAAAAAAAACUUCCAGUUAUUGGAGAUGGACAAAACAUUGUUCCUAUGAUACAUGUUCGUGAUCUUGCCGCAUUGUUGGUAUCAACACUACAAGGACAGAUGAUUGAUAAGUUCGUUAUGGCUGUUGAUAAAGCAAAUUCAAAACUUAAAGAUAUUAUCGAAGGAAUUUCAAAGUUAUUCUCAGACGGCGAAGUUGAAACAAUACAGAUCGACCAGGCUCUUACUGUUCCGUGGAUCUCUGAAACAGCAAUUGACUAUUUAACAGCAGAUAUUCAAGCAAUUAACGAAUUACUUGCAAGAGUACCAAUGACAUGCGCAGGAGGAUUCUUACAAUCUCUUGAAGAUAUCGGCAAAGAGUUUCUUGAAUCAAGAAACGUUAAACCAACAAGAAUUCUCGUUUGCGGUCCACCUCUUUCAGGAAAGUCUACUUUAUGCGCCAAAAUCUCAUACAAAUACGCAUUGCCACUCAUUUCUGUUGACAGUCUUGUCUCAGAAGCAAAGAAAAACGUUAAUGGAUACUGGAAUCAGUUUACUCAACAGUUACAAGGCGAAAUAUCACCUCCUUUACUCUUAGACCUCAUGAAAUGGAAGCUCCAAGACGUUCCAUGCAAGAAUCAAGGUUUCAUUUUGGAUGGUAUCCCAUCUAACAGCGAUUUUGCAGAAGCUCUAUGGCAGGACUCCACCAAUUCACCACAGUAUUUCAUUGAGCUUGAAGGAAGUGACACUUUCCUCAGAAAUCGUGCAAAACAAGAUCCAUCAAUGAUGCUUGGCAUUGGAAACACAGAUGAGUUCGAAGCAAGGCUCUCCCAGUACCGUGCAACAAAUGGCGCUGAUGAAUCCCACCUCUAUUUCGCUUUCGAUUCCAACACAAUGAAAGCAAUUACAAUUCCGAUAGAAAAAGUGACAGAUCCAGUUGAUGUUGCAAUUAAAUUCAUCGGAACACCACGUAAUUUUGGCAAACCACCUUCACUUAUUCUUCGUGACAGUGAAGAGCAAGAGAAGCAGCGCCGUCUUAAGCAGGAAAGACUUGCAAAGAUGGAAGCACAACUCAGAGAAGCGGAAGAAUCCAAAAAGAGAGAAAAAGAACUCGCAAUCUUGAAACAACAGGAAAUGGUGGAGCACGAAGAGACAAGGUUGCUUGCAAAGUACUCAAAGACACAGCGCGAAUGGCUUGUUCAGACAAUCGCACCUGCUUUGGCUGGAGGACUUUGCUACUUGAUCGAAGAGAUGCCUGAUGAUCCAAUACAGAUGUUGGGAUGCUACAUUGGAGAAACUCUUCCGCCUGAACAGAAGAACGAACUUCUCUACGAGUUCCAGAGCAGUGAUGAGGAGGAGAUGUAUGAUGAAGAAGAUGAGGAAGAACAGGCUGCUCCUGCUCAGUAA